AUGUCUCAGCAAUUUCAAGCUUCAUCAGGAACCGGGUCUGCCAGCCUACGCGAGUUCAAAACCGAACACGAAGAUCUACGCGAAGAUCUGCCGUACAGUACUCUGCGAACGUUGUUCGGCAUCACUCUGGACAAGGACGCAUCACAAGCCCUCAACAUUGCGUUGCUCUUGUACGGCCACAACUACCCACAACAAGUGGUGCCGCCGGAAAGGAAUUAUGCGGAGCUUGAUGCUCAACUAGAGUCGGUUGUCUUAGAAGAUCACACUGCGGAGUCGACAAUGGAGCCGGGAGUUUCUGCAACUGUUACUGAGCAACUCGAAGAGAAAAGCGACAAAAGUUCUGAUGGAGAUGGGACCAGCAAGAGGCUGACAAGAAGCUUGAAGUCUGUGGAAAAUGAGACUGAAGAAGAUCACGAAGAGAAAGAAGACGAGGCUCCACAGUCGUCACGAAGGGAGUCUACAAGACUGAAGCGGAAGCUUCUCGAGUCCCAAAAGACUGUGCAAACCACCGGCAAUUCUUCUCGCGCCUCUUCAAAAUCCCAGGAAAAGGAAGUUCCUGGAACAAAAAGUCAGUGCGCUCCAAAAAUCAGAACCACUCCGGAACAGAGCAAGGCUGCAACCAAGCGACAAUCGUCGACGACUGUCAGAGCUUCUUCAACUUGCGGCUCGUCGGUGUCGUCGACCUCUACAGUAUCGUCUCCGGACUACACGGCUAAAAAGGGAAGAGCCACAGAAACACCAAAGCUCGAGGAGUUGGCGCCCAAGAAGCAGAGCUCAGCAACUCCAAAACCAGGUGGUGAAGUCUGUGUCUGGGAUGGAGUUCAAAUCGGAGACCUCUCUGCUCAAAUGAACGCGCAAAUUGGCGAUGACGAAGAGCUCGACACUGUCGACAUUGCUCGACGUAUUUUGAGCGAGCUCAAAGAGCGCUGCAUUCCACAGACUGCACUUGCCGAGAAAAUUCUUGCCAGAAGUCAAGGAACACUGUCGGAUUUGCUUCGAAUGCCAAAGCCGUGGAGUGUCAUGAAGAAUGGUCGUGCCACGUUUCAGCGUAUGUCAAACUGGCUUGGUUUGGAUCCAGACGUUCGCCGUGCGUUGUGCUUUUUGCCGAAAGAAGAUGUUGCGCGAAUUACCGGGUUGGAUGAGCCAACUCCAGCAAAGCGUAAAAAAACCGUAAAAGUCAUUCGCCUCACGUUCACGGAGACCCAGCUCAAGUCCCUUCAGAAAUCCUUUCAACAAAAUCAUCGUCCAACUCGUGAAAUGCGUCAAAAGUUGAGUGCUACCUUGGAGCUCGACUUCUCCACAGUCGGCAACUUUUUCAUGAACUCGCGCCGUCGUCUUCGCAUUGACCAGCAAAUCAGUCGCUCGUCUCGCUCGACAGGAAACGGAGCCGACACCGAGGAUGAGCUCGACGAGGAAGACGUUGUCGUUGAGAAUGUCAUCGCCGACGCGACCGACGCGAGCAACCAACCAGGACCCAGCCACCUGUAGGUGUUCUUGAUGCCUCUUUUCAAGCUGAAAUUUUUAACGUGUGUUACGCCGUCAUGGGGAUUUUAUGUUGUUGUGUGUCAUUUUUGAAGUUCUCUCACAGGUUUUACCCCUUUUCUACUAUCCAUCUCUUUGCGUUAUUCUGAAAUUUUGUUGAGCACAGUAUAGAUUAGUUAUACUCCUAAUAUCAAUAAUCUCAAUAAUCCAAAAAGCUAAAAAUUGAUCUACUCUCUUGUUGUCUUUUCUCUUUUUAUUGUCUUAUCACGUUUUUGACCGUUCCAGCUCAAGCAUUCCAGCUCAAGCAUUCCAUCCAACCAUUUCCAGAUUCUCAACCUAGCCCAUAUCAAAUUAUUACACUCUUCCUCCCCAAUGCUCACUGUUAUGAUUUUUGCCGUGAUCUGAUAAAAAACAUUGCUCCGCUGGUAUUAUCUCACAAAAUGUAGGCACCUUUUGCAUUUCAUAGAUUUUUGGAGGUGACGGCAAGAGACGCAGAGGAAAUGCACUUUGUGAUACUCGCUGCCACACAUUUGCACACCGGUGGUUAUCCUCUCACCUCUGGCCUAAAAUUAUUUAGGAUUUUUAGAAUAUUCUCUUGAACUUUGAGAUUUUUUCGGGACCACUUUUUGGCAACCGAGCAUUUGCAAAAAAUUGUUGAUUGGAGCUCAAUGCAGCAUCAAAUAUGGCUCCUGUACUCUCGCAAUGGUUUUUUCCAAUGCUUCGUGUUUUUUUUCCGAAGGCACUGACUUCAAAAUUCGAGUCAAAACGACCCGUUUCGUUGGAGCUCUUUUUGGAAGUCAAAAUUCCGUUAGGAUACGGCUUCUGAUGUGAUGUCAUCAAGGCGUCAUUGGAAUGAGUUAAAUUGGCGAUAAGUUCAACACAACCAAAAUGUACGUGUACCGCGGCUGGAACAGAAUCCAGAAAUCACCAAGCUUAUCGGAACAAUAAUUGGAAGACAUACUUGGUGGAAUGCCACCGUUAGAGUCGAGGCGUUGGAGCAGCCAUAAAUAGAUAAUCUCAAUAAUUUUGGUGCUCCCCCAAUUCUGAUUCCCAAUUUAUCUAUUCAACUCCUCCAAAUUAAUAAAUAUUUGAAAACACUUGUAA